UUCAGUCUGCAUCGAAGUAGCAGCUGUUUGAACUAGACUGUGCAAAGUUUUCAAAACACUAUCCAUUACUACGCGUUGGUAGUGAAAAAUCGUAAACCCUUAGUAAAACAGCAUUCCCUCUGCGUUGGAGGCUGCACCGAGGCAUGGCAAAAGUUAAAUACGACUGGUACCAAACAGAGACCGCCGUUACGGUCACGGUUUUGUUGAAGAAUGCGGCUGAUAAAAAUUACUCUGUUAAGCUGGAACAAAAUAGCCUCAGGCUACAGGCAGACGACAUCGAGCCGAUCGAACUGAAUCUAUGGAACCCGAUCAGCGUCGAGCAGAGUACGCACAAAGCGACACCGAGCAAAGUGGAAAUUAAGCUGGCCAAACUCAUUGGGCAGCGAUGGGAAGCCCUGGAGCGCAAGGCGACGGCUGAAGAGGAGUCCGCCGCGUCCAGUGCGGCGAGAAAAAAGCAUGAUUGGGAUAAAAUCUCCAAGGAACUUGAAAAGGACGACGAUGAGAAGGACGAUGUUAAUGAUUUGUUCAAGAAAAUCUACGCCGAUGCGAACGAAGACACGAAAAAGGCAAUGAUGAAAUCGUAUUACGAGUCGGGUGGAACCGUACUUAGCACCAAUUGGGCGGAAGUCGGCGCUAAGCAGGUCGAGGUUAAACCACCGGAUGGAUGUGAGUUUAAGAAAUGGAAGUAACUAUAUCUCGACGUAUGAUCACCGCAAAACCAUAGUUCGUGGAGUAUGUGCUGCCUCAUAUUUUGAAUGUGGUACGAAUUAUGGAUUCUUUUUAAUAAGAUUUGAGUUGCUAUCGUUGCAUUCGUUCAAUGUGCCCCUAAAUGCAAAUUUAGUUUAUUCAAUUUGUUUAGGAAAAAACAUUUUCAUAGUGUUGGUAUAGUACUGAUCAGCAAGCUCUACAAUUGGUUUUCCCUUGAUGCCCGAUAGCACUUCCAGAACAUGGCUAGAAAUAAAGAGAAAUAUCAUAUACUCG